AUGCGUCUAUCGGGCGCCAAGUCGGCAGUUUUUGCCUUCGCAUUGUUCAAUUCUUGCAAUGCUCUAAAGGUGACGAUUCUUGCGGAUACAAACCGCGAUGGAAAAGUUGAUAAGAAUGAUGACGCCGGUAAAUCAUCAUGGACCAAUGGCAAAGGCGCUGUGUUCCUCGCCAACAUUGGCGAUACCGGUGGCCGUUGCGCGAAACAAUGGGGACCAAGCGGCAACAUCUUCGACUCUGAUGAAUCUUAUUUGGACAAGUGUAACGACGCUGUUGACAAUGUCCAGCGAAACCCGACAUAUCUCGCUCCCAUCAAGACUCUUCCCGUGACGGGGCUGAGUGCAUCUGCCAAGGGCUCAAUCCAGGUAACCGACAAGGUUGCUGCAUCAAAAGUCCGAGUCUUUGUUAAGAAGAGCAAGAAAUGGGUCUAUGUGCCAGCGGAUUAUGCUUUUACUGCCAAGGAGCUCGCGUCCGGCCUAGAAUUGGGUAUUGACGCGCGCGACGUCCGUCGUCCUCAAGGUUGGAACGGAAACGCAAAAAUUCAGUUCACUGUCACCGACGGCAAGGCUAAAGCGACUGAUGCGGUUGCUGUUCGAGUGGCGCCAGUACUAACGCAUCAUCACGGGCAGCUCGCCCAGCGCAUCUUCUCCACUGGAGUAAAUGAACCUGGGUUCAACGAUGUCCAGCAGAGAUAUCUUGAUGACCUGAAGCGAAACGUAGCCAAUAGUGGCAUCAAAGAGCCUAUUUUUUAUUUCGAUAACCAAGAUAUAUGGACUCAAGACUUCUUCGAGGCCGGUUAUUCUAGCAUGCCCGGCCUCAAUGGCCCUAUCAGCAUCCGUAUCAUGAUUCGAUCGGUCCAGAGCUCACGCCGAUCUGGACGUGAUGCAUUCCACGAGCUUCGCAGUGACAAGGUUGGAGCUGUUCAGCAUCCAGGCAAUGGAGACAGCAUUGAUUCCACGGGAAACCUCGAGACCAUCCCUCCCUACACGCACAAUGGCAAGAGUUACCCUGCUGGUAGAAACAUCAUGGGCGCAUGGGAUGGCAGAAAGCCUCUCAUGGUCGAAUUCCUCAAGGCGCAGGAGGUCCAAGAUCCUCUCAUUCUCGACACAACCUGGCUGUACGUUGGACACGUGGAUGAGUUCAUACAAUUCCUUCCUGCUCACAACAAGCGCGGCUGGGUCAUCAUGGUAGCUGAUCCGAUCAAGGGUCUUGCUCUUAUGAACAAGGCAACCAAGGACGGCCACGGAAAGGUCAAGGCCGUCUCGCGUCCGCGGUCGUCCGCGGAGGCAAAGGACUCAUACUUGUGCCUCCCAAGACAGACGAUCGAGGAGGCCCUUAAAUUCGACAGGUUUGACGAGAUCAACAAGAAGGCUGCUCAGCGCAUCGAAGCCAACCUUGAUAUUCUCAAGCGCGAGACUGGAAUUACCAACGAGGAUAUUCACCGCGUGCCUUCUCUGUUUUACUUUGCCGAAGGUAAUGGCUGGUUAUGCCCUGGACAGAAACCAUCCACCUCAGACGAGGAGGAAUCUUCCUCAGCUCCUCAAAAGGCCUCGAGCAGCACUGGUAUCUCGUUCAAGAACCCGGAACAAGGAUCUCACAACGGUGGACCUUCUUUCAAAGCAAAGUCCAUUGUUGAAGCAGCUACGCCAAAGAACUCCCUCCAUCGUCGCGAUGUUGACACAGCUAGCCAGGUCGUAGCCCUCUACCCUGGCAGCGUGAAUGGUCUAGUCAUGACCGACUCAAAGGUCCUCGUGCCUAACCCAUGGGGUCCUGUAAUUGGCUCGAAGGAUAUCUUUGCUACAGCUGUGUCCCAGGUAUACGCCAACGUUGGGUAUAACGUGACCUUCCAGGAUGACUGGUUCUCUCACUUCAAAGGCCAAGGCGACGUCCACUGUGGCAGCAACUCAUGGCGGGCUAUAGAUACAAAGUUACCUCAUUAUUAA